AUGGACUUAUCCGAAACGUACCUUAAGUACGCCAACGAUGCGUUUAGCCGGCUCCCGACAUUGUCCGGCCAGUUCGACCUAAUCUACAUUGAUGCGGCCGAGGAAGAAUACGAGGAGUACGUUCGAUAUAUUCUCGAUCAUAAACUUCUCUCCCCGCGCGGCGUGAUUCUGGUGGAUGAUGUCCUUCUUGAAGGACUUGUUCUGGACCGAUCCAUAGCCAACACCUUCCCAGAAGAGAUUCGGGAGCCGUAUCUGGCGGUUGCGGACUGCAUGACCAGAUUCAAUCGCUAUGCCGCCGACGAACCCCGUGUUAAUACGACUCUUAUUCCAGUUUUCAAUGGGGGUCACGCAGAUUACGUGGGAAGUGAGGACUUUGGCGAUGAUUUUUUUGAGGAAGAAAAGAGAAAAAGCCAGUCCUCGUCAAGAUGA